AUCAGAGAAGAGGGGAAAAGUAGGAGGUGUCACUUUGUCUGUUGCCCGGGUCCGUCAGCCCGUGAGCGGGACUGAAAACGCCGUAUUUUUCGGCAUUUACCUACAUUUGAAGUAAGUGUAAACCUAUAUGUGAUUAUAUAAAAACUGUUGCUUCGUAUACUUAAUUGUAAAUGUUAUUUGUAUCUAUAUUUAAUGCGAUCACAAAAAUCCGUGGCCUUGGUAUAAAGGCUACGCCAGCUGUUUCUUGCUCCAGUUUUUCCGCCGCAGUGACACCUCUUGACCUGAACACAAAAUCUUUGGUUGGAGUCCGCGUUCAAGGUGGGGCAGAGAGUCUCCCGGUCAACUUGUAAAAGUUGAGUGUGUGUCGGUGUAUGGCGGAUUUCCUAACGAACGGCGGAAAAACACGUUAGCAGCCCUAGGCGGAGCUGUGAGCUGCUGGACUGAGACAGAGCGGAGUCAUGGCGUCCGGUAAGAACAAGAACCAGACCUCUCUGGCGCUCCAUAAGGUGAUCAUGGUGGGCAGCGGCGGCGUGGGGAAGUCGGCGCUCACUCUGCAGUUCAUGUACGACGAGUUUGUGGAGGACUACGAGCCCACCAAGGCCGACAGCUACAGGAAGAAGGUGGUGCUGGACGGCGAGGACGUUCAGAUCGACAUCCUGGACACGGCGGGGCAGGAGGACUACGCCGCCAUCAGAGACAACUACUUCCGCAGCGGGGAGGGCUUCCUGCUGCUCUUCUCCAUCACAGAGCACGAGUCCUUCACCGCCACGUCUGAGUUCAGGGAGCAGAUCCUGCGGGUGAAGGAGGAGGAGGCCAUCCCUCUGCUCCUGGUGGGGAACAAGUCGGACCUGGAGGAGCGGCGGCAGGUCUCCGCUGACGAAGCCACGGCCAAGGCCAACGAGUGGGGGGUUCAGUACGUGGAGACCUCGGCCAAGACGAGAGCCAACGUCGACAAGGUGUUCUUCGACCUCAUGCGGGAGGUUCGCAAGAAGAAGAUGGCCGAGAGCAAAGACAAAAACGGGCCGAGCGGCAAGAAGAAGAAGAAGCACUGCUGCAUACUUUAACUCCCAGCCGAGGUGACAAAGUGCCAAAACCAAAAAAAAAAUCCAGUCAGACGGACACUCGCUCCACCAGCUGGGGGCGCCAAACACUCCGAGUCCUCACCUGCCCACACACACACACACACACACACACACACACACACACACACACACACACAAACACACACAUGCACACCCAGCGUGUAUUCUUCUGUCUGUUGGAGGACUCCCACUUCUGUUUGUUUGUUUUAAAGAUGUUGGUGACCUGGGUACUUCCUGCUUCUGCUUCCUCUUUGAGUGCAGCUCCUCCAUGUGGCCAAAAGUACGCAGACACUUCACAGCUCGGUGCUGGAAGGGAAAAAUGAUGCACAACUUCUCCUUCUUGUUGCAUGUUUCCAACACGAAGCACGACAUCAAGCGUGCUGUAUUUAGAAUAUUUUCUCUACCAGACUCCAUUGAAAAAAUUGUUAAUUUUAGCUCACGGAACAUAUAUGUUUCUGUGGAAUAUGGGGCUGUUGUGUUGGCAUCUAAAAAGUAACAGUUUGCACUUUAAAAGUCAUAUUUGUUAUUCUUAUAAAGUCAUAAAUGUCAAUAAGUUCAUCAUAAUUCAGUCAUUAUUUUGAACAUAAAAUGAAAUAUUAUUGUAGCAACAGACAAAGUCAAAGUUUUGUCUUUUUUUACGUGAAUUUUGGCUUAUUGAAAAUGAGGAACAAAGGGGAACAUUUAACAGUUAAAGAGACAGGUAUGAUUGAAUACAAGCUCAAAGGAAUAAAAAGAAGAAAAAAUAAAAUUAUUAUCCAAAAAGAUCAAGGGAAAUAAGGUUAAUAUUUUGGAGAAUGGAGUUUAAAAAAAGCCAUAAAAGAAUAUUAAAUAAAAUCCUAUUUUCCUCUAAAUAAAAUACAUUUCUAAAUAAUCACUUAUAAUUACCAAAAUCACAGAGAUGUAAAUUCAAGGAUACAUACAGGUCUGUAUUUCUGCUGUUUUUUCCCCAUUUAUUUUUUGUACAUGGGAAAUAUAAGAAUUAAAACAUUCAGAAUUCUAUAAUACGUCAUCAUUAUAAUUCAGUCAUUAUUUGAACAUAAAAGGAAAUAUUAUUGUAACAGCAGACAAAGUCAAAGUUUUGACUUUGAAUGAUAAUUUUAAAAGUUUGAUUCUGACUUUAAGCCUUACAGUUUUGUCUCGAAAGUUACAAUAUACAAUUAAAUUGUCAUUACUUUUACUCAUAAAGUCAUACAAGUCAUAAUUUGUGCUUUAAAACUAAAAUUCAGCUUAAAUGACUGUUUUUGUCAAUGGAGUCUGGUGGUAAAUACACUGACCAUAAAUAAGUUCCUCAUUCAACCACACUUAAAAAAAUCUGAACCGUCCCUUUAAAUAGUCUCUAAAAGUUGACAUAACCUACUCUGCAUUCCCAUCAAGAAUUUUUUUCCCACUAUAACUAUUGAAAAAAUAUUCAGGUUUUAUUUCUUUUUUCUCUUGAAAUAAGGCCUAAUUUUGUAUACUUGAUUAAAAUUGCCCAAUAAUAAUAUUAAAAAAAUAUGAAAAAAAUAUGUCACCAACUAACCAGCAACUACCCUGUCAGCUUAAAUGAAAUGUUUUUGUCAAUGGAGUCUGGUGGUAAAUACACUGACCAUAUAUAAGUUCCUCUUUCAACCACACUUUAAAAAAACUGAACCGUCCCUUUAAAUAGUCAACUACAAAAUGAAUUAUUUGAGUCACCUUUUAAGCCAAAAUGUACAUAAAUUGUUCACAUUAGGAGGUUGCAAAGUGUAUAUUAUACUACGUUUUCACGCUGCAUCAGGGCAUUCAUCAUGAAAUAUUUGUCUUUUUUUACAUGAAUUUUUGCUUGUUGUUUUUCCCUCCACUGUUAUCGCUCUUGCGACGUCAUUUUCAGAGAAAACGAGAAACAAAGGGGAACAUUUAUGGGCCGAAAUAUGUGCCACCAGAAACUGAAUUUGAAUUAUUUAUAUUUGAAUUGCUUAACUUGAAUAAUUGCAUUACUCCGGGUAGUUGAGGCAGAGCAAUCGAGCGCAGAAAACGGAGGUGCUGAUUGGCCGAAGAGGCGCUAUGGCAACCGGGUGGCAACAAACGUUACAAAGGAAAACGGAGGUGCUGAUUGGCCGAAGAGGCGCUAUGGCAACUGGGUGGCAACAGAUGUUACAAAGGAAAACGGAUGUGCUGAUUGGCCGAAGAGGCGCUUGAUUGCUCUGCCUCAACUACCCGGAUGUUCGUCGCAGAAAAUUUAAAUUGAAUUUUGCGAACUGAAUUUGAAUUGUGAGAACUGAAUGUUCAGUUCCAAACCAAUAAAUUUAAUUUCAAAUUAUAAUUCAGAUUCAGUUUUCCAAUGCAAUGAUUCAAAUUGAACAAUACAAAUUCAAAUUAUGUGAUUCGAAUUCAGUUUUGUAACGCAAUUAUUCAAGUUAAGCAAUUCAAAUUCAAAUAUAAAUAAUUCGAAUUCAGUUUCUGGUGGCACAUAUUUCAGCCCAUAGACAUUUAACAAAGAGACAGAUAUUUCCCAGAUAUUGGUUUGUUGAAACCAUGUGAGCGAACGUGUCUGCACUGUUUUCAGGAGCCACAAUGGCAAGAGAAAUGUUGCCAAAAAUACCCAAAUGUGUCCGUCUACUUGUGGCCACAUGCUGUACAGGCUUCCUCUCUCUCCUGCCUUGUUGGGACUGUUUGACAAUCUUGAGUUGCACCUGUUGCUACAGGCUGCUAGCUGAAGAAAAGCCAUUUUCUGGAUGUCCCAGGUGAGAUUUUUUGUGCCUUAAACUCUCCACCAGUCGUCCCUUUUUCACACAUUCCUGAUGUAUAAUCAUAAUCACACUUCCAUACACUCCUUUUUGUAUGAAAGCUUUAUUCUUCACCCCCCCCCCC